AUGUCUGGACGAGUUCGCGCUCAUGGAGAAGGCCUCCUUCAGAUCAAUCGCCGGGAAUACGAGAGACUAUCAAAAGCUGCUCGACCGCCAUACGCGACGAUCACCGACUUGCGACGAUUUGUAACAUUCGUUGACCUUCAUCCGGAGUUCCGAUCCGAUGCUACUCCAAUUUUCUGUCUUCACCUAGACUCUAAAUCGGUGCCUUCUGUCGGCCCUGAUGGGCGUACCGACAAUACGUCGCGUCUGCAACCUGCAUUUGCUCUAACAGCGCUCAUGGGACUCUCUGGAAUUGCUGUCGUCGAUGAAGCUGAAGCCAGGAUCCUACUUCCUCACAUCGCAGACAUCUCUGCCUGGAUCGUCUUCAUCAUCAGGCAAUGCAUACUCCCCAAGGAAGCACACAGACGCCCGUCCGUCAAGCGCUCCCUCCGCCCCAUUUCCGACGUCUUCAGGCCACUUUGCGCCAUCGGUGCGGAGAUGGACCUCCUAGGUUUAAACCUCGUUCGGCCUGUCGCGGAUCUGUGGAUCUUGGCUGCGCAAAGAUCCAAAAUCAAUGCCGUGUGCCGCCAGGGCUGGGAAUACAGUGCUAUCAAUGCCUUCUGGGCAUCUGCCAUAGCUAGCCACGAUCCACCUCUUAGAUCGUUCCUAUCCGCUCUCGUCGACUCUGAUGUCCCGUCCUUUGUUUCGUCCGCGCUCUGCCAUCUUUCGCGGACGAUCAACAACAUGGACGGAAAACUCACUUCGCACUACGACUUGACGAAUGACAUGGAUGUUGUUUACUUUUUGUCCCUAUACGGAGAGCCCACGCUGUCUGAUAUAGUCCAGUCUCUCUUGGAGAAGGGUGCAAUGACGCUCAUGUCUAAAGGAGCUGGCUUGUUGGCCAAGGCGGUUCACUCUCCGAUCCAUGCACACCAUGUUCUGGCGGGCAUCACAAAAUCCGCCGGUUUCUUCACUAUAAUGUCGUGCGUGGCGCCGGGUCGCCCAUGGGUGAUCCAAGCCGUCAAGAACGGCAUCAUCCAAGCCUUGGUACAGGCGGCAUAUCUAAUCCAGUUCGUGAAAAUAGAGACGGCCGUUGAGGAUUAUGUCCGCGGCGUCCAAGAGGCGCUGCAUCGUCUGUGCGCGUACUUGGUGUACAGGUCGGUGCUGCGGGUGGUAUUGAAAGCGGUGGAGACGAUAGACGAGAGCCGCUUAUUUAGGUCGGAUCCCAGGAUGAAUGCCGUCUGGGACUUGUGGGAGACGUUUAUGGUGCUGGUGAUGGAACGCGACAUCCUUUACACCGCAGCGAAACCGCGCGUCGUCGUCGUCUGCAAAUCGUGCGGACUGAAGGACUCUGGAGACACGUUCAUGCGAUGCUCUGGAUGCGUCCAUACCUGGUACUGCUCGUCGGCAUGCCAGGAGAAUGAUUGGAAAGCCGAUCACCGGGAGUUUUGUACCGACUUCAAGCUGAGAUCUCGACUGGGCGACUUGCACACGCUGAGCUUUCGAGACUACGAGAUGGUCAAGGCCGUGACGCGGUACGACCUGUCCCGACGAAACGACGAGAUCAAGGCGCAGCUGCGCCUGCCCGACCGCUUCUUCCCGCCCGUGAUCGAGCUCAGCUACAUGAUGCACCCGGUCCAGCUCAAGGUGAUGACCGUCGCGGAGCACGCCGCGUACCGCGCGAUCGACCCGGACAACCCGUCGUACGACGCCGCGCUGGAGAAGGUAAGGAAGGGCAAGGGCCUGUUUGCGCUCGCGCGCACGCUGCUGCCGCUCGGAAACCGGUGGUUCGACGCGAACUUUUGGGCGCAGAUUGUGGUGAGGGAGGCGGAGACGCCGGAGGAAGAGGAGAUUUUGCGCGAGGUGUUGUCGUGGUGA